AUGGCACAGUGCAAGGAGUUCCAACAGCUACCCGUCCAGAAGCGAUCAGAGCUGGUGCGCCUCUUGGGCCUGUGUGUGAACUGUCUACAGGACGGCCACUUCGCCAGAAAUUGCACCUCGAGCCACUGCAGGAAGUGCAAAGGCAAGCACAACACGCUGCUCCACAGGGACGACUCUGACAGGCCUAGCAGCGGUAGCCAACAAAACGCCGCUCGCACCAACACCGCGAAUAUGGCUUCUGCAGCGAGCGCCCUGCAUGCCGAAACCCCAGCAAACCUACCAGCUCUGAUGACGACUGUGGGGACAGUGAGAUGUGGAGACGUCGAGCUACAAGCAACGAUCAUGCUGGAUUCUGGGUCCACCUGCAGCUUCAUCACCACCGACAUGGCUGAGAAGCUGAAUGUCCCACCCGGUGAGACCACGUCCGUGCGCACGACUGUUCUCGGUGGCAGCUGUCUGCAGCACGAGUCCAGGAUCGCCCCCAUAGAGAUCUGUCACAAAGACUCAACUGCAACAACCCCAGUGCAGGCGGUCGUUCUCCCUCAGAUAACCGCCGACAUGCAACGUGUGGACUGGGAUGCGCAGAAGGCAAGCUGGCCACACCUGCGCGGGAUGAAUCCGGAUACCCCAGCUAACCCAACUGUGGACAUCCUACUGGGCCUUGACGUUCCACAGUUGCACGCCUCGCUAGCCGAACGCCGUGGGCCUGGCCAUGGUCCAAUCGCAAGAAAGACACCACUCGGAUGGAUUUGUUUCGGUCUCCUGGAGGGGAGCGGAACAUCGGCGGAACCAACCGUCCACCACGCCACACAUGCCGCGACCGCAGAGCCCACCGAGCCAACCCUGGAGCUGAAUGCCAUGGUGCGUAGCAUGUUCAAUUUAGACACCAUCCGCUCUACAGCCACGGGAGAGACCAUGUCUCGAGCUGAGCGUGAAGCCGAGAAGGUGACUGACGACACCAUGAGCCUCAACAACAACCGUGUCACCAUUGGCAUCCCGUGGGUCGCUGAAGACAGAAAGCCUCACGUGACCUCGAACAGACCGAUGGCCCUACAACGACUGGCGAGUCUCCAACGGUCCCUGUACAAACGACCUGAGCUCGCAGCAGCGUACGCCGGUGUCAUCCAACAGUACCUGACGAAGGGGUAUAUCCGCGAGGUACCCGAGACGGAAGUGCACAACGAUGCGGAUGACCAGUGGUUCCUACCCCACUUUCCCGUGAUCAAGGAGGACCGCACCACCACCAAGGUGCGGAUAGUGUUUGACGCGGCGGCCAAGAAGAACGACGUCUCGAUCAACGAGGAGAUGCACGCCGGCCCAGCACUACAGAACAACAUCGUGAGUUGCCUACUCAAGUUCUGUAAGGAACCUGUGGCUCUGAUGGCAGACAUCAGCGAGAUGUUCCUGCAAGUGGAGCUGGCUGAGAGAGACCGCAGGUAUCACCGAUUCCUGUGGGAGGUCGACGGAAGAGCCAAGGUGUUCGAAUUCCAGCGAGUGUGCUUCGGGUGUAAGGCGUCGCCAUACCUCGCCGGAAAGGCCGUCCAGGCUGUCGCGGCCACCUAUGCCGCCGAAGGGUCACCCACACGUACCAUCAUCAUGGACAACCUCUAUGUGGACGACCUACUCGCGUCUGCGCCAACGCCAGAGGCGGCGGUGGGCCUACGUACUGACGUCCAGGAGACACUGGCCAAGGGAGGCUUCCAUCUACGGAAGUGGAUGUCGAACAGUGCAGAGGUCAUGAAGUCUGUGCCAGAAGCCGACCGGGCGCCGAACACGCUGAUCUCGGUAGCUGACCACCAACACCCCACGCUACCCUGCGUGAAGACGCUAGGAGUCGCCUGGGAUGCUGAGAGCGACCAUUUCACGUUCAAGUACCAGGUGCCCGUCAUCACGCAGUACACCAAGCGCACUGUCCUGAGCAAGAUGGCCUCUCUGUUUGACCCACGAGGGCAAGUGUCACCAUACACCAUCCGAGCAAAGGUCAUGUUCCAGGACGCCUGCCUCCGCGGGCUGGAAUGGGAUGAGGAGUUCGCAGAGCCCGAGGCUAAGGGUUGGAGGAAGUUCUUCGAGGAACUGCCCAAGCUAGAAGCCGUGAGAGCCACCAGGUCAUUCAAGGACCCAGACCGGGAUCCGGCCGAUGCAGAGCUCAGCCUCCAUGUGUUCGUUGACGCAUCCGACGCAGCAGUCGCAACAGCAGUCUACGUACGGGCGAGUUAUCCAGACGGCAUGGCUCGGUCCACGCUGGCCAUGGCCAAGGCUAAACCAGCCCCGCUACACCGACAGUCGAUCCCCAUGCUUGAGCUACGAGCAGCUGUACUCGGCGCCGAGGUAGUCGAACAAGUCGCCCAAGCCCUCGGCAUCAGCUCGUCCGACAUCACGUACUGGAGUGAUAGCCUCAAUGUCCUGUACUGGCUUCGCUCACACAGCCGCCGUUUCAAAGUCGAGGUGGGCAACAGGGUCAGCAAGAUCCAAGCACUGUCGGACCCCCGUCAGUGGAGGCACGUUCCGACAUCAAUCAACCCUGCGGACAAGGGCACCCGGGGGCUAUCUGCAGCCCAGCUCGCAUCCGAUGACGACUGGUGGCAUGGCCCGAAGUUCCUACGCGGACCCGAGAGUGCAUUCCCGGCGCGGCCGAUCGAGGUUCCCAGUAGUCUGCCGGCAGAGCUGAAGAAGCGAUCCGCUAUGUCGUUCAGCGCGGUUCCAGGGAAGUACCAGCUUGACCCCUCCAACUUCUCGUCUUGGACGCGGCUCAUCCGUAUCACCGCUUGGUGUCAGCGCUUUGUACGUAACGUCCGUAUACCGAGGGAGGCUGGCGCCAACAGACCAACACCCGCUCCACGACGCAAGUUUGGAUCUGCCAAGUCAGUGAACGGUAUGACAGUACCCGCUCUCUCCCCUGCAGAGGUCCAGGCGGCCGACGUGUUCUGGGUACGGAAGGCCCAGGAGGAGGUGUAUGGCAAGGUCAUCAAGCGACUGGAGUCCGGCAAGGAACCCGAUCCCAACGAGCCAUUGCUGAAGCUGCGACCCCAGCUGGAGGAGGUACAUGGCACAACCGUACUGACGGUCGGUGGGAGACUCACCACUGCACACCAUCUGCCGCUGACGACAAGACACCCCAUCAUCCUGCCACCGAAACAUCGGGUCACAGCCCUGAUCGUGGAUGACGAAGACGAGAGAUGUCAGCACUCCAUGGGUCCCAACCACCUGCUGGCCAACCUCAGCAACCGGUACUGGCUGAUAAACGGGAAGUCCGUUGUGCGACAGCAUCGCCACAGGUGCGUCAAGUGCCGACGAGGCUACGCGAAGGCUUUGACUCCAAUCAUGGGAGGGUUGCCGGAUUACCGGACCUCGUCACCACUUAUCGCCUUCAGCAAGGUGACCAUCGACUUUGCCGGUCCAUUUCUGACGCGCCAGGGACGAGGCAAGGUGCAGCAGAAGCGGUAUAUCUGCGUAUUCUCGUGCCUGCUGACCAGAGCGGUACAUCUGGAGCCCGUCAACUCGCUCGACACAGAUGGGUUCCUGAUGGCGAUGACCCGAUUCUGCAAGAGGCGUGGAACCCCGGAGUUCAUAGUGACAGACAACGGGUCGAACUUCACCGCCGCAGAGCGACAGCUGCGCGAAGCCACCUGCACGAUAGAUCAAGACCGCCUAACCACCCACUCCGAGCUGCGAGAUGUACAGUGGCAUUUCAACCCACCGAGAACGCCCCACUUCGGUGGUGUAGUAGAAACGAUGGUCAAGGCAGUCAAACGCGCACUCUGGCAUGUGCUGCACCAGGCUGGCCUCACGGAUGAGGAGUUCUCAACAGCGCUGGUACAUGCCGAGGCAAUGCUGAAUUCCCGUCCCCUUACCACCGUAUCAUCUGACAGCGACGAUCCAGAAGCGUUGACGCCAAACCACUUCCUGAUGGGACGCGCGGCUGCAGUCACACACCUCGAGGCGGAGACAGAGGAUCUGGAGAAGGUCCACCCCAGACGGCGCUGGCUGUUUCUACAAGUGCUGACAAGGCAAGUUUGGAAGAGGUGGCUGCGCGAGAUGGUCCCGGCGCUAAACGUCCGGUCCAAGUGGUACAGGAAGGCAAAAGACGUCGAGGAGGGUGAGGUCUUCCUUGUCAUGGAUGAGAGUACUCCGCGCGCGACAUGGCCUCUGGGACGCGUCACAGCCACAUACCCAGGGCAAGAUGGUGUCGUCCGUGCAGUCAACGUGAAGAUCAAAGGCAAGGAGUAUCGACGAUCAGUUCAUCGCCUCAUCCCACUGGAGGUAACAGAGGGUGAGGUGGAGCUCGACUCCGAGAACUGCCCAGCCACAGCCAACGUCAAUGUGGACAAUGUCACCAGCUGA